AGGAAGAUGGCGGCCAUCUUGGUGAAGAAGAGAGACAAACGAGAUUGGCAGCUGGAGGACAGUUGUAAUAACUGAAUAAAGACCCUCAGCCAAAUAUUCGAAUAGAGAGGCAGCCAGAGGUCAUAGAGAUUCAAAACCAAUAAACUCCAGUCCUACCAGGAAACAUGGAGGAGCCAGAUGAUUCCGAAGUCCCCUACUGGGCAGUUGGAUGUGUGAAAUUCAUUCAUAUCGCCUUUCAUAUUGCAAAUAUUGCAAUUGGUGCUGUUUAUAUAGAAUCCUGCCCAGGGGAGGAUCUAAUUCCAUUUCAUUUGAUAAUAAUGGGCUGGGGCUCGCUUGUCCUGCUCUUCGUAACUUGUGUCAGCACCGCAUAUGAAAGGGAGCCCCCGAGGAGGAAUUGGCUGGUACUCUGUAUGCAGAUAGCAAUAAUGCUGGUGCUCUCCUUUUUUUUGAUUUCUGGCAAUGUGUGGGUAUAUACCCUUUUUCCCGAAAGCUGGAACUCUCCAGAAUGUACAAAUAGAUGCAACACCUUUCUGUACCUGUACGCCUUCUGGAUGACUAUAGUGGCGGACAUUUCCUUCAGUGUUCUGUUAGUUGUUUUAAUGUGUGCCCUUUUGGAAAAGAGUUAAGUGUAUUGCUGGGAGCAGUAUGAAAUAGUUCAUUGAUAAGCUAUUAUAUAAUAUAUUGAUAAUUCCAUGAUAUGAAAGUGUCUUUAUUUUAUUUCUCUCAGCCUUGAAUACUGCUUUAUUUUAAUGUUUUUCAUUAAAGAAAUGUAUCUU